UUUAUUUACCAGAAGAUCCUGUAAAACAUCUUUAGAUCAUCUAUUUUGAUGAUAGUAAAAGUAAAACUUGAUGAUGAAAAUGUAAAAUCACGGCAGAUUAUUUCAAAAAUAAUUGAUAUUAUUGAAAAAUCAAAAAAAUCUGUUGUUAUUACUGGAUCAGGUAUAUCGUAUGACAAGAAGAUUUCGGGAUUUUCUUCUUCAGAUGGACUUUAUAAAUUUGUUGAAAAGCGUUGCCCGAAUGUUGUGAUAAAAGCUAAGGAUUUACUUGAUUCUUUAAUGUUUCGUGAUGAAGUUUCUACAUCAAUAUUUUAUUCAUUUAUGGCUGAAUUACGUACACUUAUUUUAUCCGCUAAACCAAUGAAUACAUAUAAAUUUAUCAAGAUUUUGAGGGAUAGAUCUUCUGUUUUAAGAUGUUAUACUGAAAACAUUGAUGGUUUAGGGUUACAAGAAGAAUUAUGUUUAAAAACAGAUGAAGUAAAAAAGAAUAAUAUGACAGAGUCUAAUGAGGAUGUUAAUAAACUAAAAUGUAUGAUUUGUGGUAUAAAAUGUGAUUAUAGUGUAGAAAGAAUUGAACUUUUGAGAAAUGGUCCGGUACCAGAUAGGUUUGUAUAUGUAAAUGAUGAAAAGAUAGAGGAGAAAAGAGGGGCUUUAAAAAUAGGUUUUUUGCGGCCAGGAAUUGUAUUAUAUGGUAAUACACAUCCUAUUCAGGAUUUUCUAGCUGAAUUGAGGACUUCCGAUGUCAAAAAAUGGCCUGAUCUUCUGCUAAUUAUUGGAAUAUCUCUUAAAAUUAUAGCUAUUAAUUCUUUGAUUAAAGAUAUUUCAAAAAUUGUGCAUUCAAAUGGAGGGAAAGUCAUUUUUGUCAAUCGUACUGAACCAUGUAAUAAUGAAUGGAAAGGAAUUAUUGACUGGUAUGUUGAAGCUGAUUCUGAUGAAUGGAUUGAGGAGCUUAAGGGAAAAAAACUGCCUAUGUUUAUGUAUCAAUCUAAACCUUCCGCAUUUCCUAUUAAGAAAAAAAAACGUUCAAGAAAAAAUGGAAGAAAUACACAAAUAUUAUCUGAUGUUUCUAAAGUUGUUUCUCCUGCAAUAUCUUUAUUUAAAAAAUCUUAUAUUAAUUAUAUAAGAAGUUCUCAGAAAAAAAAGGCAUCCAAUGCACCCAGAAUCAAUUUUUCUGUUCCUCCACCUAAGAUGGCUCCUUUAGUUGUCACAAAAAACAAAAUUCAUGUAGUUUGUGGAAAUUCAAAAGUAAAAGGUUAA